AUGGCGAACGCCACGAUCGAUAUGACGCUGCCGCCGCUCCCCGACUACACCGUCUCCGAGGUGCCUGACCUCCUCCCCUACGUCUCCGACUUUUGGCUCUCCAUGAUCCUGCCCGUCAUUGUGUACUGGAUCGUGUCAAUAUUUUUCCACAUUGUCGAUAUCUACGACAUCUGGCCGCAGUACCGGCUGCACACCCCAGAAGAGAUCGUGCAGAGGAAUCACGCGACGCGGUACGAAGUGGCGCGCGAUGUCAUUCUCCAGCAGAUUAUCCAGAUGGCCACCGGGGCUUUUCUAUCCUUUAGCGACCCGCCGCAGCUCACCGGCAAGGAGAAGUAUGACGUUGCUGUCUGGGCUAGGAGGGUCCGCCUUGCCCAGCGGGCGCUUCCGCACCUCCUUGGGGUCCUCGGGCUCAACGCCGCUUCCAUCUCCAAGAACAUGGCUUCGUCGCAUCCUCUGAUCGCCGGCGCUCUCGCGGGUGGCUAUUACCCCUUCCUCACGACAGAGCUCGGCGGAUCGGACGGACUUGUUGUUCCUGCGUUUGCGAAUUGGGAGUUGACGGUGGCAAAGGCCAUCUACUGGCUCGCCAUUCCCGGCAUUCAGCUCUUCCUUGCCAUCAUGUUCCUUGAUACUUGGCAGUAUUUCCUCCACAGGAUCAUGCACACGAACAAGUGGAUGUACGCCACCUUCCACUCGCGGCACCACCGUCUCUACGUCCCCUAUGCCUACGGCGCCCUCUACAAUCACCCCUUCGAGGGCUUCCUCCUCGAUACCGUCGGUGCUGGCCUGGCAUACAAACUUACGGGCAUGACCAUGCGCCAAGGCAUGUUCUUCUUCAGUUUCUCCACCGUCAAGACCGUCGAUGAUCAUUGCGGAUACUCCCUCCCUUGGGACCCCAUGCAGCACAUUACCAGCAACAACGCCGCGUACCACGACAUCCAUCACCAGACCUGGGGAAUCAAGACCAAUUUCUCUCAGCCCUUCUUCACUUUCUGGGACCGAAUACUCAAUACCAUGUACGUCGGUGAUCGCGCCGAGAAGGAACGCCAGAAGGUGGCAGAGGCGGCCCUUCGUGAAAAGCAAACGAACGGAAAGGCGACAAAGUCGAACGGAACCGCAGCAGGGAAAGCGAGGUAA